AUGUCUGCCAUUUAUAUCAUCAUCAUCGCAUCGAUGACAUCAGUGUUCAACACCGAUGCUUCACUGCCGUACAACCAUGCUUUAUUUGAAAGCCUUAUUUUGAAGAAAAGAUUCCAUGUGAGCUUCAAAACUGUGAUAGUCACAACUAGUCAUAGGACACUCAUCAUCAUCUAUAUCAUCAUCAUCGAGGGCAUGACAUCAGUGUUCAACACCGAGCUUCACUGUCGUACCUGCCUGCUACCCAUAGUAAAAACCGAGCCAUUAUCCAUGCGGGCCGAUAGCAACCAGAUUCCAGCUGUGCAAGACUUUAACGGCCAAUGGCGGCCCGUCAUACUCGUAACUGUAGUCGAUAUAACCUACCUGGGCUACUUAUCGUAA